AUGGACGAACAUUGCUUGGUCAUGUGCGGCGAAUGGAUCUGUGGAGAUGACGGUAAGUGGGAUUUCGUUAUUGACAAGCAGAUGAUCUCGAGAGUAGUCCAAAUGAGUGAGCAUAUGGAUUUAGUUGAGUUAAAAGAGAGGGUUCUUAGAGAAUUUUACGGUGAGGGAGUCGUCGCCGUUUCCCCUUCCCUCAGUUACUGGCCACUAAACAGCAUGGAGCUGGCGACCGGAAAAACUACACCGCCGGUGCUGGUUACAAAUACAGGGGCCAUAAGCUUCUUUUUCAAACACCUCUGCGCAGACAGGAGAAUGAAUAUGCUUGUGUCUUUCUCUUCCGAGGCCGAUUACAUCACACCAGCUCAACCGAAGAAGAGGCGAAAUGUCUUCCAAACUCUCAAUGAGCCAACAAGGAGUGGUUCUGGUUUCGAAGAGUUCGGUAGUUACGGUUCAUCUGUUGGGUCGAAGAACCUGCCUGUAUACUGCAAAGAUGAAGAUAUUCUUAGCCACGUCCAGGAAGCGGAGGCUAAGUGGGCAGAGGGCAGCAUCCGUAAACAGAGCCGUUGCAGCAGCGAAGAGACAAUACUAUCAGACUCAGAAGAAAAUUGCCGUGAGGUUCCAUCUGAUGUUGAAGUUCGUGAAGCUGGCUACGACAAAGAGUUUUGGAAGCACAUCAUCGACGACCCGCUUACCGGAACCGAUGCCUUCAACGUACUCUGUCCAGAGCGCGAUGAUCUUAAUGGGAAGAAAAUUGAGAACGACAUGAAGGGAGAGUACUUCUGUACAACAAAUGAUGCUUUCGACCACAAAGUCAUACCCGAGGGCACCCACGUCGAUGCUUAUCCAAAGGCCGCGAGGAACAAGAAAGCUGUGCCGAAUAAGUGUGGAUGUUGCCAACAAUCGGGCCAUAAUCGCACCAGAUGACUAGUAUUAGCUCAAGCGGUCGCCGUCACAGCUACCAUGGCAUACCAUCUCGGUGCUUCUGUGGAGGAUGGUGGUUGCCAUAUGUGGAAGUUGUGGGACGAAGCUAUAAACAAGGAGAUCAAUGAUCUGAAGUUCGCCACUGCGGUGCUGUCUGCAAGUAAACGCACUGAAAUCCAAGCAGCGGACCAGAUCAAGGUUUUCAUAUCAGAUUCACUACAAGUUGAAAAAAUGCGCAGCAAUCUUGACAAGCACAUCAACGACCCAACAUUGUUAAUGGUAGCUGUUUUAUCCGUAUUUUUUGGAGGGUUAAUCGGAUGGUUCACCAAGUAA